GUCAAUGUUGUCGCUUCCACGCUGCUGGCGGGCGGAACAACCGGAGUGUGUUGUUGAGGUGUUGAGGUGAGCGAGGUGAAGCCAUGCUGGUCCUGGUCCUGACUCAGAGGGUGAAGCUGGUGGCGGAGAUCUUCUUCAGCAGGAGACUCUCAUCAUCCCAGGAGGAGGAGGAGGAGGAGCAGAGGAUCCACUGCCGCUGCUCCAGAGCCUUCGUGCAGGAUCGAGAGCUGUAUCGCUCUGAUAAUAGAUGGCUCCCAUUUGAUCUGGCAGACUCUGCAGUCCAAGAAGCAGGUGAUGAAGAGGAGGACGAAGAAGAGGAGGAGGAGGAGGAGGUGUUGGAUGAAGAGGCUCAGAUGAUGGCCAGCAUGGGUCUGCCUCUGGCCUUUUUCAGCUCCUCUGACCAGAGGAGAGCAGCGAAGAGGUCAAACAGGAAGCCUGCCACACACAGGGCAGAAUCAGCUGAAGAGGAGGAAGACGAUCUACAGACAACGGACAACAAAGUUGAUGAGAAGGAAGGUUGUGAUCCACCAGAGGAAGGAACAGGAGGGACCCAAGCUGCUGGCUGGGAAUCCUACUGGGCUCAACAGGGUGAAGCUCUGCUGUGGAGCAGCUGGCUGGAGAAACAUCCAGAGACUGAUCCAGGAACAGUGACUGCUCCUUGGGAUGACCCAGACUCAAAGGCUGAAUGGGACAAACAUGCUGCUGAGACUUACUACUACUACUGGGAGCAGUACUCCUACUGGUCAGCACAGGGCUGGACCACUGACCAGUCUGCCUGUAAUGGGGAUGCUGGUGGAGGAGCAGCAGCAGCAGGGGGGAUGGACAGAGGCCUGGAGACACACCCAGAGGAACAGAGGGAUGGACAGACUGGGGCUGAGAGCCAACAGAGAGAAGAAGAAGAAGAAGAAGUGUCUCUUCAUGAUGACGUGGAGGUUUUGAAUGAUCUGUUUGGACAGAGCUGUACAGUAGAAGCAGGUGGGACGUCUGACAGACAGCGUGUGAGUGUGGCUGAUAUCAGAGAGCAGUCAGAGACGGAGCUCUGUGGCUCCGAUGAGCCUUCUGAUGGUGGGAAUGAUCGCAAGAGACCUGCUGCCUCCUCACAGCAGAACACCGCUGGACAUACAGAUUCCCAGCAGGCCGCUGGCAGGCCUGACAGACCGCAUGGUUCAAGGAAUAAGAUGUCAGGUAGAGAAGAUGAUGACGAUGAUGACAAACUCCCAGGAGGACGUGCUAAAGUCAAACGCAGUCAUGAGCUGGACGUGGAGGAGAGCCCACAGAUGACACCUGAGGAAGCUUGGAGUAAACUGGGACUCAAAAACAACCCAGAGCCUCUGUUCGACAGCGUGUUGAGCUUUACAGGCGGUGCCGGUGAGAAGCGUCCGAGGCAGCGGUGGGCUAAGAGAGCGGUCCGCAGCGUCAACAAACACACCAGGUUCUCAGAGACGGGCGGAGGCAUCACACAGAUCAGCUCCUCCCUCUGCAAGGUGAAAAACUUCCUUGAAAAGACCCAGAGAGAGACCCAGCUGACCGGAUGUGACCAGGGUGAGAUGGGAGGAAGAAGGACACAGGAACCUGAGGACAAGCCUCCAUUUCUGGGAGAAGUAACCGGAGGGGAAGAGAAAAUGAACAGUGCUGAGGAAGGAAAUAAAGAGGCUGCGGAAGAAGAUGAAUCUGGUUGUCUGUACAGUUUAGAUGUAGGGAGGAUUCUGAACGUUGCUACUGGGACUGUGGACAGUGAGAGGGAGGAGGAGGAAGAGGAGGAGGAGGAGGAGCAGCCUGGCAGACAGUUAAAAUGUCUAGAAAUUCCUGACUUUCUUAUACCUGACGCACCUGAAGGCAACAGUGAGUUGAGUGUGAAACCUGGAAAGAAGUCAAAGAAGAAGAAGAAGGGUAAGCGAGCGAGGAGGCAGCAGGUCCCAGCAGAGAUGGCAGGCGAACCAGAGCUGGCUAAAUACUGGGCCCAACGCUACAGACUCUUCUCUCGCUUCGAUGAGGGCAUCAGGCUGGACCGAGAGGGCUGGUUCUCUGUGACGCCGGAGAGGAUCGCCGAGCACAUCGCCCUCAGGGUGGAGCACAGCUUCCCUGACUACCAGCUGGUCAUAGACGCCUUCAGUGGUGUGGGAGGAAACGCCAUCCAGUUCGCCCUCGCUGGAAAGAGAGUCUUGGCCAUCGAUAUCGAUCCCGUGAAGUUGGACUUGGCGCGGCACAACGCUACGGUGUACGGCGUCGCCGACCGAAUGGACUUUGUGCAGGGGGACUUCCUCCAGCUGGCACCCCGUCUCCGUGGCGAUGUGGUCUUCCUGUCGCCACCGUGGGGAGGGCCAGACUACCUGACUGCUGACGUGUUUGACAUCAAGACCAUGAUGCAGCCUGAUGGAUUUGAGAUUUUCCGCCUGGCCAAACUGAUAUCAGACAACAUAGUGUACUUCCUGCCUCGCAAUGCUGACAUGGAUCAGAUCGCCUCUCUGGCCGGUCCAGGAGGGAAGGUAGAGGUGGAGCAGAACUUCCUCAACAACAAGCUGAAGACGGUGACUGCUUACUUUGGCAGCUUGAUAAAGACUGACAGCUAGUGACCCUGUUAAAGGCACGGACAAAUGAGGAUUUCUUCCUCCGCUACAUGAGAGUGGAACAAAAUGUAUUUUUACUCUUUCUCUAUUUCUGCUAGGGUUUCAUUCAAUUUGACUUACUUUUCUGUAUUUUUGUCGUCACACUUUUGUCAAAUAUGCAAAUUAGAAAUAUUUCAGACUGAAUCUGAUGAUCAUAAGUUACAUUUUCUGACCACCCUGCAUGAUUGAGUUAAAGGAAUACUUCACUCCCAAAAUGAUCAUUAGUAUAUCAUCUACUCACCCCGUGGUACCUUGAAUUCUUUAAAAACUUUUCUCCAGUUUUUCACCGUGGAGGCGUGAGAGAAAAACUAAGUUUUCUUCAAGAAUUCGAGGUAACACGAGGUGAGUAAUUGAUAUACAAAUGGUCGUUUUGCUGGUGAAUUAUUCCUUUAAAACAGGUGUUUUUAGGUUUUAUGAAUCCUUAAGAUUAAAGGGUCAGUGUGUAAGAUUUGUCGGUAUCUAGCAGUGAGGUUGCAGAUUGCAAACACCUGAAACUUGUCGUGUAGGAGAACUAAGGUGGCCAACGCCAAAAUGUGAAUAUCCCUAUCUAGAGCCAGUGUUUGGUUUUGUCCGUUCUGGGCUACUGUAGAAACAUGGCGACCGGCUCCGUGAAGAGGACCCGCUCCCUAUGUAGCUACACAUAGCUCAGUCUAAGGUGACGAAAACACAAUUCUUAUUUCCAAGUGUUUAUACACUAAUGAAAACAUACUUUUUUUAAUAUAUCAUAUUUAAUUUCUGCCAUAUAGAUCCCCCUCAUUGUUAUACACUGGCCCUUUAAGUUAACACUUGGAAAAAGUAGAGUUAUGAGAGUUUUACAAAUAACAAUUUUAUUGUAUUUUUUUUUAUUGUAAAUUAGAGCUAAUAAAAUCUUUUUCAGAA